CACUGCCACCGAAAAACGAGGUGUAAUCGUGCACGCGACCGCUCCGGACCGAAUACCGGGAAUCCAGAAAGAUUUGUGUUCAACUUUUGCUAAAGCCAUCAUCCACAAAACAGAGAGUUUUAGGUUAGGAUUGUGGCACACCACGGCUUGUCGCGUACGGUGGUGUGGUUCUCGUGUUUUCCAGAACAAUUUCAUCAUUCACUUUACCGGCUGCUGGUGAAAUAGCACUGGCACAACUACCCUGUUGAAUACCAUCGUAGCCGGCAAGUAAAAAGUUUAGUGUGCGUGUGCUUGAGAACGCUUUGGUUCAUGAGAUUAUUGUUACCCAACUCCCGGUUGCUAAGAGAAAUCACUUCCUUACCAUGGCAACCAAGGUGUCUGAUCAGCAGAAGCUGAUGGAAAUCAUUCUGGAAACGGAACGCGUUGCCGAUCGAAUUCUGGCCUACAAGCAAGAGCUGGUGGAGCUAGACAAACGGCGUCAGGAUACGCGUGAGGCUCUCCGUUUGAUAGAGAAACACAUUCCCGAGACGCAACAGCGGGUGUGGAUAACGAUCGGUUCGAUGUUGAUGAAACAAGACCGUCAAACCGCAGUUGAGUUGUUGCGCAAGGACCAGCAGACGACCGAAGCGGAAAUUGAACGGAUUCGUAUGGAACAAAAGCUGCUGGUUGCGAAGCAACGUGAUCUCGAGCACGAUCAGCCUUUGCGUGGGUUCGAUUUAAAACCGCUGAGCAACGCAGAAAUCGCUGGCAUACGAUCGAAUUUACCAGGGUUUUAAUGUAAACAAGAAGUUAGAAUAAGCCGACGAUCCGUUUGAUCUCACUGUAUUAAUGUAUCUCAGAAUGUUCGGUUGUGGAAUAAAGAUGAACCCCUUUACCAUGACGA